AUGUUUGUUGCAGCAUUUCCUGCACCCGGAUCAGGGGUCAUUACAAGUGAUAUUGCAGAACUAGCAGCAGGGACACCAAGCAUCCUGAGGCACGCAUUAGGCACAAGGUUUGAGAACUUCUCGACUUUCAGUGCCUGGACUGUGAGGGGACUGACAACUUUGCCUGCAGGAACAACCAGUGUUGAGUCCAUCCCAUUCACCCACCAGAAUGGCAGCGAGUGGUGCAUGGUCCUUACUAAGAAUUCAGAUGGGCUUUGGCUAAGUUUUAAGCUGCAAAAGUGUGAAACUGACAGGUCUUUAAGAGCAAUGCUAAAAGCUUAUGAGAUUAUUCCUUUUGGUGUAAAACGAGAAGUAUACACAAGCAUUUGGUGUUCUCUGUCAAAAGGAGGAAAAUCUGAAUGGAAGCUCAUCAGAAAUUUUAAUACAGCAAAAAAUGAAGACGAGAUAAUAUUGCAGUGUGAAAUCUGCAUCCAGUGCAUUAUUCAGGACAAACUGCCUGUAGCAGAUGCAGUGGAGCCACACAUUGGUGUAAUGAAAGGCUUAGGCAAGAUGUUCGAUGAGGAAGUACUGACAGACUUCGAUCUACAUGCAGGCGACACUGUCCUGAAGGCACACAGGGCCGUCCUGUCGGUACGGAGUCCUUACUUUGCUGCCAUGCUGCAGCCACACACGAAGGAAGCAAAGGAAGGUCGCGUGGAGUUGUCUGAUGUGAAGCCGGAAGUACUGAAGCAGGUUUUGCUUUACUUGUACACAGGUGUGGCACCAGCUCUCAAGGACAUGCCGUGGGACUUACUGAUUGCUGCUGACAUGUACCAACUUCAUCAGCUGAAGGGCCAAUGUGAGAAUCACAUAGCCAGCUGUUUGUCUGUGGACAAUGCUGCAGAAACUGCUGCCAAUGCCAAAAAAUUCUCUUGUGGUGUACUGCUAGACCAUGCAGUCCUUUACAUCACACAUAACCUCCGCAAGGUGAUGCGCACCCCUGGAUGGGACGAUAUUCUAACUACAAAUCCAGACGUUGUAAAGUAUAUUAGCAAGAUGAUGGAAUGA